UUUUUUUUUUUUUUUUUUAUCCCCGGCGCUGUGUCCCCUGCUUUUCCCUAUAGCGGCCGGCUCGGCUCUUUCCUCUCUGUGUUUUCACACCGUUAUUGCUUAUCCUCAUCCCCGGGAGUGCCUUUCCAUGAUGCCCGCAGAGGCGCCCAGCAGCGGCGAGGGCGCGGAGCCCGACGCUCCGCGGGAGCGGCGGAGACGGCGCGGCCGUGCGCGGGCGCGGACCGAGGCGCUGCUGCACACGCUGAAGCGCAGCCGGCGGGUCAAGGCCAACGACCGGGAGCGGAACCGCAUGCACCACCUCAACGCCGCCCUGGACGAGCUCCGCAGCGUCCUGCCCACCUUCCCCGACGACACGAAGCUCACCAAGAUCGAGACCCUGCGCUUCGCCUACAACUACAUCUGGGCCCUCUCCGAGACCCUCCGCCUGGCCGAGCAGUGCCUCCCGCCGCCCCCCGCCUUCCGCGGCGCCGCCGCGCCCCCCAGCCCCGGCAGCGACGCGGGCUCCUGGCUGUCCAGCGCCUCCCCGUCCGCCCCCUCGCUCUGCGCCUCCGCCUCCGGCCCCAGCAGCCCCGCCACCUCCGAGGACUGCGCUUAUGCGCCCGCCGACAGCCUGAGGGGCUUCCGCGGGCUGCCCGCCGGCCCGGGCGCGCCCCUCCGCUAG